AUGCUUAAGAAAUUCUACUCAUCCUCUGCCGACUACAGCGCACCACGUCUUUCAGGUGACGACGUGGAAGACGUGUGGUUCGCUUGUUUUACCUGCGGCAAGAGGUACAGACACAGGGCAUCGCUGACGCGGCACAGUCGUUACGAGUGCAACAAGAUGCCCCAGUUCGUGUGCCCCGUGUGCGGCAGGAGGCUCACGCAGAAAACCACACUCAAAACACACCUGCAGAACAUCCACGGUCUAAAGCAAUACGUGUGCCGGCGCUGCUGUAAAGCGUACAAGAACCAAACCACACUGAGCAGGCACGUGCACCACGAGUGCGGCGUGUCGCCCAAGUACCGGUGCUCGGUCUGUGGUAAGAAGUUCCAGAGGCGGGACAGCCUGAAACACCACAUCGACAGGCUCCACCUAGACCGUCUACCGAAAUAA